UUUUCACUUGUAGUGUACACAUCACUACUAGACAUUAUCCGGGAGUAUGAAGACUCGGACUAUGCUUCUGUGCAAAAGUUGUACUCGACAGGUUUCAGAGAGCAUGAAGGAGCUGUAUGUGUCCUUAACCUGAAACAGCUCUGGGUUCAGACUGUGCUGCUCAGACUAUUUAUUCUCUUCCCAUUCCUGUUCAACUCUCUUCUGGCCUCCUUUUUUGUAUUCCCCACACAGGGAAUACAACUCAGUCUCUGCAAGAACCUGCAGGAUAAUUGAGCAUCCUACGUACACCCGGGACAGGGCAGCUGGUUAUCCUUAACAGGAACAAUGGUAAUAUUACCCUGUAAUAUUGGUGCAUGGGAGCUGAAACUCAUCUUAGUGAGAAAGGCCUUGCCAAAGCACUCUUGUUAGACCGCCCUGUAGUUUGCUGCUGAACAUAAAGUCUGAAGGGUGGUAUUGUUCACUUCUAUGAUGCAGUCAGAUACUCAGAAACUCUACCACAUCCUGGGUUCCCACAAGGAGGAGGAGUUUGUUAUGCCAUCACUUUUUGGCAGGCUCAUCAACUUCCUUUUGUUUAAAUAUGCAUAUUAUCUUAGGACUGUUUAGUAUAACAGUGUAUACAGUAAAUAACUCCAGUGAUGGUGUUGCAUUUACAAAGAAGUGAUUACAGUAAAACUGGAUUCUGGGGAUUGUUUUGUGUGAAUAUUUACAUCCUGUGUUUUCUUUUUGCUGUUUUAAUCAUAUUUACUUUGAUUUCUGAAGCAUGCUUAAUACCUUUAUUUUGUUUCACCAUUACAGCCUUAAUAGUUACUCUUGUCAAUGUACAAUUUAAUAAAAAAAAAUUCAAUAAAUGUUUGUUUUCUCCCAACAUUUUUAAGUACAGAUACUAAACGAGUCAUGCCCUGUAUACCGAAUAAAUUUCAAAUAAAAUUGUGUUUAUUAAACUUUUUAAAUACAUGUAAUAAAAAAA